AUGGGCAUCUUUGAUCCACCUCCGCCGGACGCGGUAAAAGAGAAAGAACGAGAGCGAGAGCUUUUAGAGACCCAGAAGGAGUCCAGAGGAUGCUAUCUUUGCAAAAUCAUGUUCUUCAUCGGUGCAUUGCUUACAUUCUCCUUUUUCUAUGAAAAGCAGAAGCUUCAGCGAACACGAAAUGUUGCCGUCGAAAAGGCACUUACUCCAAGUGGAGUUCUUCCUAAUUUUUCUGGAGAAUACAUGAUUCGAAUGUUCUAUACAGACCCAGGAUACUUUAGCAAUUGGGAAUACAAUGACGUGACUGUGGCAACGCAAUGUUCGGCUAAUCAUCUUCACCAUGUGGUCAAGCUUUGGGAACGCUGGUCCGGGCCGAUAAGCGUUGCUGUCUUUGCUCCUAAUUUGGAAGCUUCCUUUGCCACUGAUGCAAUCCUCUCAAUGCAAAAAUGCUGGCCUGACAUGAAAAAGCGAGUUACUUUUCACCUAGUCUACCCAACGGAGCACAAAGCGGAUCUUUCAGAAAGUUCAGGUUCUCUCGAAUACAGCUCUUGCGAAGAGCUGCGUCAAAUCAUUCACGACUAUGGUGGCGACGACAGUCAAAACUACAAAGGAGACAUCCCCUAUCCUCACAAUGUACUGCGAAACGCUGCACGGAAAGGCGCGGCUACAGAGUUCGUUUUCCUCAUCGAUGUUGACGUUAUGCCGAGCUUACACAUGCGAGAAGGUUUUAACCAAUUCGCCAAACACCUAAAUUAUCAAAGUGAAACCAAUUUAAAGAGCUGGGAACCUUUCUACAUUGCUCGUCGGAGCGUGCCGUUAUUCGACGAACGGUUUAAACAAUAUGGCUUCGAUCGAAUCGAGCAGAUUUGUGAGCUACAUGUUGCUGGCUAUAGAUUCAGUGUCCUAAACAAUGCGUUUCUCGUGCAUGAUGGAUGGAAAGAAGCUCAUGCAGCAGCAAGAAUGACGGAGACUUUCCGUAACUGGGUCCUCUUUCAUUUCCAUUUCCAGCAAGCUUUGCUGAAAAUGUACGAUGAUCCUCUAAGCUGCGCUCCGGUUCAGACCUGGAUCCCUCGAGGACAGCGUUUACUUGGAGACAUCAAUAAUCGUCACGCGAGAAUACAGCGAAAAUUUCUGAGCAACGAAGUCUGA